GCAAAUCAACCCCUCACCAAAAUCCAACCCCAGAUUCUCUCCCGCACACGACGACCUUUGUUCUUGCAGGCACAGUCCAAAGCAUCCAUCGUCAUAAGUUAAGAACAAGCAAACCCAGAUCAAUCAUCGCCACAGCUUCCAGAACCCAACCAAGAUGGCUGAAGACAACCCCGACGUGGCAUCCACCAACAAGGCCUUCGUGCCCCUCGAGAACAACCCAGAGGUGAUGUCCCACCUCAUCCACCAACUCGGCCUGCCCCCGUCCCUAGCCUUCACGGACGUCUACUCGAUCGACGAGCCGGACCUCCUCGCCUUCGUCCCGCGGCCCUCGCACGCGCUCCUCCUCGUUUUCCCCGUCUCCUCCACCUACGAAACCUCCCGCAUCACCGAAGACCAGUCCCUGCCCGUGUACACGGGCUCCGGCCCCACCGAGCCAGUGAUGUGGUUCAAGCAGACCAUCCGCAACGCCUGUGGUCUCAUCGGUCUGCUCCACGCCGUCGCUAACGGUGAGCCCCGCCGGCAGGUCCUACCGGGCUCCGACCUGGACCACCUGCUCCGCGAGGCCGAGACGCUGGACCCCGUCGCUCGGGCGGAUCUGCUGUACGAAAGCAAGGCGCUCGAGAGUGCGCACGCGGAUGCGGCCAGGUUAGGAGACACACAGGCUCCGCAGGCGGAGGACAAUGUGGAUCUGCACUUUGUGGCGUUCGUCAAGGGCGCGGACGGGCGGUUGUGGGAGCUGGAUGGACGGCGCAAGGGUCCGUUAGACAGGGGUUUGCUGGGGCCGGAGGAGGAUGCCCUGAGUGAGAAGGCAUUAGAGCUGGGUGUACGGCGGUUCCUGAGUGUCGAGGCGCAGGGCGGGAAUCCGGAUUUGAGGUUUAGUUUGGUGAGUUUGGGGCCGAGUUUCGAUUAAGAUGAUUGAGUUCUGGUGAGGGGUUGACGUCGGGCUUUUUCGUUUUUGUCUGGUGGUUUCUUGUUUCUCUUUCUCAUCACCCUACAUAUCUCUGGAAAGAGAAAAAGCAAAGACGAAAAGCGUUUAUGUAUAGCCAGUAAGUGCUGUAUCAUCUCUCGAUCCACCAUUCCUCCGAAUUGAACUUCAGCGCUUCAUCGCCCACUGCCCACCAACCUGCAGUCAGGUUGCGUGCAAACACCUCCAGAGCAGUAUACCGCAUACCAGCCUCAUCAGGCGGACCGCCGAGAAGAAACACCUGCUCAAAGACCUCGCGCAGGUUAGGCUUGCGUGAAUGAAUAUCUGGAACCGCCGC